AUCUCUAUAUCAAAUCUCACACUCCGCCACGAUACCUGCCAUUUUCUGGACUACAGGACAGUAGAAGUAAUAUCUACUAAAGCGAAAAGGUUCUCCGCUUGUUCUUGGGACAAUCAAUUGCAUCAACUCACAAUUCUUCACAGCGGGGAAUUUGUCUCUUCCACCAGAAUUACACCACCUUCUCACAACAAUGCCUUCCGCCGAGAAGGUCUCCACGAAAGUGGCAAAAGUCUCUUCGUCGAAACCCAAGAAAGAGAAAUCCAGCAAGAAGAGAAAAGCCGAAGCUCUUGCAGAACCAACCCCACCGCAUGCACUUUCACCACCAGAGCCUGCAAUUGCUGAAUCGAAGGAAGAUUCGCCUGUACCAGAAGCCACGGACGAUAGCCCCGAAGAAUCUCCAGCUAAGAAGCGCAAGGCAAACGAAGAUGCAGAUGAAAUUGAGGUCGAUAUUACUGCUCCCCAGCCGCCAUCUAAGAAAGAGCUUCGUCGCCUGAAGAAGGGAAAGCCCAUUCCAGCAGCAAAAGUAGAGCCUCCUUCCGAAGUUGAAGAAAAGAAGCCCAAGGUCGAGGUGGAGAAAAGAUCUGAGCAUGGUGUAUGGAUUGGCAAUAUGCCGUUCUUUGUGUCCAAAGACGAUCUGCGAACAUUCUUGGUUGAACAAUCCGAUUUGACCGAGGAGGACAUCACAAGAAUCCACAUGCCAGGACCAAAUGACAAGAAGUCAGCCAACAAAGUCGAGGAGAAGAAGUACGGGAAGACGGUCCACAACAAGGGAUUCGCAUAUGUCGAUUUCUCUACAGCACAAGGCGUAACGCAUGCCGUUGAGUUGUCUGAGCAGCUUCUAUCUGGUCGACGGGUUCUCAUUAAGGAUAACAAGUCAUUUGAGGGUCGACCUGAGAAGACGAAGGAGGAGACAAGAAAGGAAGGCAAACCACCGAGUACAAGAGUUUUCCUCGGCAACUUGAGCUUUGAUACCACGGAGGAUUCGCUCAAGGAGCAUUUCGAGAAGUGCGGAGCUAUUGCCAGCGUCAAGGUUGCAACAUUCGAGGACACAGGAAAGUGCAAGGGUUACGCAUGGAUUGUAUUCGAGGAGCUGGAAUCAGCCGAGAGCGCAGUCCGGGGUUUUGUGAGGAUCGAAGAAGAAGAUUCGCAGGCAUCAGAGUCGGAGAGCGAUGACGGGUCAGAUUCAGAGGGGGAGCGAAAAGCGAAGCCCAAGAAGACCAAAAUGAGAAAGUGGUGGGUGAACAGAAUCAAAGGACGACCUCUACGAAUGGAGUUUGCCGAGGAUGCCCAAGUAAGAUAUAAGAAGAGAUAUGGCAAGGAUGGCUCGAAACAGAGAGCUGCUGGAGGCGCGCCAGGGGCCUCUGAGGCUUCGGGAGAGGAAGCAAAGUCCGGUCCAGUUAUUGCUAAGACUGUUGAGUACCGCCAAGCCUAUGCUCCUCGAUUAACUGGUGGUAUUGUGGAGAGUAAGGGUCAGAAGGUCAAGUUCUGAGUUUAGCGAUAUUUGUGAAGAAAUGGAGUAAUGAUUAUCAUGUACCGUUCUUCAUGAGCUUCUCUUUUCUAUUAUUCACCUUGAUGCACUACCUCGAAACUGGUGCCAUCUAUCCACCAAAAGACGAAUGUCAUGAAGAGUCGUUGGACAUCUCCAACACCACAAGCCAAUCAUCCUUGAAGCUCCCGGCGUACUGUACGAAUGUACCGGAAAUCGCUAGGUCCGGUUAUCGCUUUGCUUUGGCGCUUACUUGUAACAUGUCGAGCAAGAAUUGUUACUUCUUUUUGACAUCAUGGACGACCGUUUGAUCUUGGUUGCUUGUUUGCCUGUUUGCCAAGGCAAGUAUCGCAAUGUCACUAUGAAACGUUCAAGUGAUCUUACCGGGCUUUGUUAGACUCUUUCAACUUCCACGAAUAGAGAAAAUCCUCUCCCGAAUCACAUGGAAACGUACUAGUUGAGAAUGCACAUAAAAGGCCAGUCGCCCCAUAAGUAGGAAUGUCAACCAGUGCAGCACAAUUGAGUCGCUAGAACCAUCUGAUAUUGCCUUUACCACCACCGCUAAGAAUUGCUGUAAAAGGUAUACCUACAACACGCCACUGCAUAUGCUGUACUAAGUAUGGAUUCUGUAGGAAGAACCAAGUCAAGUGUAGCGUCCACCCAAAAGUUGUCUAGUACAAACAGGAUAGCAAUGGAUACCCUCAAAAUUGUAAGAGCUGUGAUCGCGAAAACACUGAAGGGAAGAGCGACAAAAAUAGCAGCAACACGAGGCGUAGCGGACACGACAGCGAACGCUGAGCAUCUCUGGGACACAGAUGCUUCAAGAAGCUUCCCGGUUGGAGGCUCCGUGGA